UUUUCUCCUUUUGAAUGUUCCGCUCACUAACUAGCUAAUCCUCCGCAGGGUGAUCACAUGGUACGGGCACGUGAUCGUGAUGUCAUCGAGGUCCUUUCCGAGGAUAGGAAGUAGACGCUACCGGCCAGACACGGCGAGUCCGGGAGGAGGACCGGGCCCCUAAAACUAGGCGGGCCCUGGGCAAGUGCCUGGGGCGCCGAGCUGAUAAUCCGCCACUGAGUGCUGCAACGUAGGUUGUACAUUUGUACAUUGCGCUUUGCUCUAUGCCACACAUACACAAAACAAAUUCGAAGAAAAAACGACGUGAUGUUUAUGAUGGAUAAUGACACUCCAACAAUCAGACCUCGAAGAAUUCAGAACCAAAAUGUAAUUCACCGACUUGAACUCCGAAAAAUCAGUUCAGGAAAACCUGGUUCUCACUGGCAUCAAGUGAGAAUUUUCCAUCAGAAUGUCUUUCCAAACUACACUGUGGUGAAUGUGGAAAAGCCACCUUGUUUUCUUCGCAAAUUUUCACCUGAUGGCAGGUAUUUUAUUGCAUUUUCUUCAGAUCAGACCUCCCUUGAAAUCUAUGAGUAUCAGGGCUGUCAGGCAGCGGAAGAUCUCUUACAUGGGUAUGAAGGGGAAAUAUUGGCAAAUUCUAAUGACCAGAGGUCUGUAAACAUCCGUGGUAAACUUUUUGAACGUUUUUUUGUUCUUCUCAAUAUUACAAAUGUGGCUUCCAAUGGAGAACACCUAAAUCGGGAGUGUAGCUUAUUUACAGAUGACUGUCGCUAUGUAAUUGUGGGGUCUGCAGCCUAUCUUCCUGAGGAACCUUAUCCACCCUUUUAUGAAAUCUAUCGUAACAGUGAAUCAGUGACUCCCAACCCAAGAUCCCCUCUGGAAGACUACUCUUUGCAUAUUAUAGACCUCCACACUGGGAAACUCUGUGACUCGAGAACAUUCAAAUGUGAUAAAAUUAUCCUUUCCCACAAUCAAGGACUUUAUUUGUACAAAAAUAUUUUGGCAGUCCUCUCUGUGCAGCAGCAAACAAUUCACGUUUUUCAGGUGACCCCAGAGGGAACAUUUAUCGAUGUUCGAACUAUUGGCCGCUUCUGUUAUGAAGACGACCUUCUAAUAUUGUCCGCUGUUUACCCAGAAGUACAACGGGAAACUCAAACAGGAAUGGCAAAUUUAUAUAAGGAACCCUUUAUAAAUUCAUUAAAGCACAGACUUCUAGUAUAUCUAUGGAGGAGGGCUGAGCGGGAUGGCAGUGCCAUGGCCAAGAGAAGGUUCUUCCAGUAUUUUGACCAGUUGAGGCAACUUCGGAUGUGGAAAAUGCAAUUAUUGGAUGAAAAUCACCUUUUUAUUAAGUACACCAGUGAGGAUGUGGUUACUCUUAGGGUCAAUGACCCCUCACAGGUACAGCCUUCUUUCUUUGUCGUUUACAACAUGGUUACCACUGAAGUCAUUGCUGUUUUUGAGAAUACGUCCAAUGAAUUGUUGGAGUUGUUUGAAAACUUCUGUGACUUGUUCAGGAAUGCUACGCUUCAUAGUGAGGCUGUUCAAUUCCCUUGCUCCGCUUCCAGCAAUAAUUUUGCCAGACAAAUUCAGCGCCGUUUCAAAGACACCAUUGUGAAUGCAAAAUAUGGAGGCCACACAGAAGCGGUGAGGAGGCUGCUGAGCCAACUGCCAAUCAGUGCACAAUCAUACAGUGGUAGCCCUUACCUUGACCUAUCCCUCUUCAGCUAUGAUGACAAGUGGGUGUCUGUUAUGGAGAGACCUAAGACUUGCGGAGAUCAUCCAAUCAGGUUUUAUGCAAGAGAUUCUGGUCUUCUAAAGUUUAAAAUUCAAGCUGGUCUUCUUGGGCGACCCAUUAACCACACAGUGCGCAGGCUGGUGGCCUUUACAUUUCAUCCAUUUGAGCCGUUUGCAAUUUCUGUGCAGAGGACUAAUGCAGAGUAUGUGGUCAACUUUCACAUGAGGCACAGUUGUACAUAGGUGAAAUAAAAAAAUUAGUCUCUUCUCUAUUUUUAGGACCAAUGCAGAAUGUUCAUGCCAUGCAUGAGUCUUAACAGAUUAUAAAAAAAAUUGUUCCAACUAAAGUGCAUCAGAAUGUAAGUAAUGUUCAACUCUUCAAGUGAAACUCUCACCUGGAAUGGAUUUUACAUGUUUAUGAACAUUAUUGACAUGUGAUCCUCAAAGAAUAGCUCAGUUGUUCUUACUAUCUGGUUAUGAGGUCACAUGUUCUAAAAUGUAGUCUCACUGUAACUGCUGCUGGUGCAAGCUUAGUGCUGGUGGAUAGUAGAGCUCUUGGGCACUUCCUUCUCUGCAAACAUCUAAUUGUACAAACAGUUGUUCCAGCUGAGGUUUGUGAGCUUUACCCCCAAGAGUGUCUCUUACCGCAUUUUCUCUCACACUGCCAUGGCAAGUCAACCAUAUGCAAAAUGAUUCUGAGCUCUCAAAGAGAAGACUAGGGAUUGAAAAACAUGCCUUAUUGCCUUGUAAUAUAGUAUGAAACACUGUAAACUAAGCAAGUUGAGAGGUCUAUUUACACACUCACCUCAAUGUAGAUACAUUGUUCUUCUUAAUUAUACUGGUAGCCAGUUGAAUUAGUUCUGUGUUGAUGAGCGAGGAAGAGAUAAGGCAAACUCACUACCACCAGCCGUGCUGUCCUAACUCGUCUUCUCUACCCAACUCUGCAUUAGAGAGUUGGAGAUCCAUGGUCGGCUCCUCCAGAGUAAUAGCCUGAACCCAAAGAGAACAUUCCUACCAUAUUGGUAGGGCUUUGCUAAAGGUGAAUGUGGAUAUAAAUCCAUAUAAACAUAACAAUGUUCUUCCACCUAAGGCAUAAACAGUUCCAGUCACCUUAUGUAAUGAAUUUAUAAUGAAUUGAAAGUUUAUAAUGAAUUGAAAGUUUGUGGGGGGAGCUCAAUAUUGGGGGUUUUUUAAGGCAAAAGUUUAUUUAUUUUUUUUAUUCUGAAUGUCUUUUUUUUUUUUUCAUUGAUUAUUUAGAUAUUCUAGCAUUACCUGAACACACUUUCUUUAUAAAAACACUAUGUUCUCAUUCUCAGUAACACGGAUAAACUACACAUGUGCCUUUUGUGCCAAUGUUCAUGUCCCUGUCACAUACACCGGCCUAUUUGGCAAGUUUGUGUGUAGCUACGUGGAUGUGUAUAAUAGUUACUUUAUAUCACACAGGGCUGCUACCAUGUAAAUGUACAGGACCUAAAAGUCUGAUGCAAAACUUUAGUUGUGCAAGAAAAUACAUAUGUCCACAGCUAUAUUUUAUGAAUUUACUAAGAUGUUUUGAGAUUUUGUUUUUGUUCAUAGCUUUUUUCCUUUUGGCAAAGUGUAAGCAGACUCUGCAUUUUUUGCCAUAAAUAAAAGACAUCUAUAAAAUUGGUGGUAAAGCAGUGCUAAGGCUUUUGUCAUUAGUAUUCACCAUAUCUGCUAAGACCUCAUACACCCCAACAUACAUAUUGUUUAUCUUCCGCACAAUGGCUGCAAAGGCCUCAAAAGCAACUCUACUGCGGAAAGAUUUCACCUGUGCAAGGGAAUGUGGGAAAACCUUGUAACCUUUUGUAUUUAGAAGUGCUGUAAAAGCAAAUACAAAAGUCUUUGGGGAUGACACAAUAUAUUUAGUACUAUGCAGAAAGCUAUUUUCUGAAAAAUAUCUUCUAUAGAGAUUCUCGCUUCAUGUCAGCCACCUUUCAGCCUUGAGGUUUCACGGGAGCUUUGUCUCUAUUCAGCUCGUCUUUGUCUUGUGAAGGUGAAAUCUCUCUGUGUAGGCGUGAUAACUCUUAAGUACAUUUUCAUAUGAGCCUCUAACGACAGCAACAGAUAGCAUUUUCCAACCUGAUCAAUUGCAUUACAGAUAUUUCUAAGCCUUCACUUCACUUAUUAUGUAGAAAACAAAUGAUUUUGAUUCUUGAAAACAUACGGAUGCCAAAGGCAGUACCUUUUUAUCUGUCCUGUAAAGUACAUACAACAUUGAUUCUUUUUUUUUUUUUUUGUAGAUGUUACUUUGCUUUUAUACAAGUGAAAACAUUUCUCAGAUAUUUAUGUUUUAAUUUAAAUAAAGUUUUUAAAGUAAAUAAGAAA